CUCAUUGUCAUGUCUAAAUGAGCAACAAGGCCAACAACCACAAGGCUGCUUCUUCACUCUGCCCAGAGACACACACAUACUGCUCAGUACUGCGUUCUGCACCAAUCAGCAAUAACUCUCUCAAAUCUCUGUUUCUUCUAGAAUCUUCGAACGAUACUUUCUCAACAACACUGUCACUCUCAGUCAACUUCCUUCUUCAGCGGAGAGAGCAUGGGAAUAGGGGAAUUUGAAAGGUGGAAAGACUGAGAGCAUUUAGUGGAGGAGGGUUGGAUUUAGGGUUAUUUAUGAUAGGAAGGAUGGGUGAUGAACCUCGUGCUGGUUCUUUCUGGACGGAGGAAAUUAAUGAGGCGGUUCCGACCCCCAUGAGAAGGAAAAGGAAAUACAGGACAAAGAAAAAGGAAUAUCAAGGAUGGGGAUCAACUUCCCUUAUUUGGUUUCUCGAAUCCAUCGGUAGAGAUACGAGCACCAAGAUAGCUCAAAGUGAGGUUGCAAAUAUUGUAAUGGAGUAUGUUAAGCAGCACAACCUCUUUCACAAGACGAAAAAGAAGCGAAUUGAGUGUGAUGAGAGGCUUCAUUCGCUGUUUGGGAGGAAGACCAUUAGCCGGUUGAAAAUCAAUGACCUGCUAGAGUCACACUUUAAGGAGAACUGUGAGGAGUCCUCUGAUGGCGUUUUCUUUGACUCAGAAGAUGAUGAGAAUGCCUUGACAGCUUGUGAAACCCCGAGAACAGCACCUUCCGAGAGGAAGAGCCAACCAAAGAAACCAGUUUUUGAAAAACCAAGGAGCUGUUUUGCUGCCAUUGUUCCUGCCAACAUCAAGCUUGUUUAUAUGAAGAGGAGUCUAGUUAUGGACCUUUUAAAGGACCCUGAAACUUUUGAGACUAAAGUUGUUGGAAGCUUCAUAAGAAUCAGAUGUGACCCUAAUGAUUACCUUCAGAAAAACUCACACCAGCUUUUGCAAGUCACAGGUACGAAGAAGAGUUCUGAAGUAAAUGGGGAAAUUCACCUUCAAGUUUCUGGUUUCAUUAAAGAUAUCAGGAUUCAAAUGCUUUCAGAUGAUAAUUUCUCUGAGGAGGAGUGUGAGAAUUUGCACCAAAGAGUAAAAGAUGGCUUGGUCAAGAGACCUAUGAUUGUGGAUAUGGAGCAGACAGCUAGAGUAUUGCAUGAGGAUAUGAUUAAGCAUUGGCUUGCAAGAGAAUUUAUUCUGCUACAAAAUCUUAUUGAUCGAGCUAAUGAAAAGGGUUGGCGCAGAGAACUGGAUGAGUACCUACGAAGAAGGGAGAAGCUUCAGAGUCCUGAUGAGCAGGAACGGUUAUUACGUGAAUUUCCUCAAGUUAUUGCAGAUGAGCAAGAAUCAGAAUCUACAACACCAGAUGUUCUAGAUAAAAACGUAGAAAACAAUUUACAGGAGUUCUGGCAGGCUACAUAUACAAAAUCAUCUUCAGUGACCGAGGUCCCAAAUGAAGUUGCAAAUUCAAAAUUGGAUAUUGCUGAUCUUGUAAAACAACAAAGCAAUUCACCAAAGUCAAUUCCCAUUCUCCACAGAGCACCAGAAGUUCCUCUUUUGGAUAUGACAAAUAAUAGCACUAUGUUGAAUUGCAUUUCUCGAGACACCAUAGAGCACCAGUCCCAUGGCUUAUCUGUCCAACUGCCACCAGAGCAACAUACAGUCUUUGCAUAUAAGAAUGACAUGUCUAAGCCCGGUGAUUCACAAGCACUUCCCGACAAGCAGAUGUGGUCGCCUCAGAUUCAGGUUAUAAGGCUAAGCAAUGGCUUAUCAGUCCGACAGCCGCCAGAGCAACAAACAGACAUUGCAUAUAAGAAUGACAUGUCUAAGCCAGCCAAUUCACAUGAAGCGAAAAUCUCUCAAGCACUGCCUGACAAACAGAUGUGGUCAUCUCAGAUUCGAGCUAUAAGGCUAAGUGAUGGCUUACCUGUCCAACAGUCACCAGAGCAACAAACAGAUUUUGCAUAUAAGAAUGGAACAUCUAAGCCAGCCGAAUCACAGGAAGAAAAGAUCUCUCAAGCACUGCCCAACAAACAGAUACGGCCAGCUCAGCUUGAGUUUAUAGAGCUAAGUGAUGACUUAUCUGUCCAACAGCCUCCAGAGCAACAAACAAACUUCACAUAUAAGAAUGACAUGUCUAAGCCAGCCAAUUCACAUGAAGCUAAAAUCUCUCAAGCACUGCCUGACAAACAGAUGUGGUCAUCUCAGAUUCGAGCUAUAAGGCUAAGUGAUGGUUUACCUGUCCAACAGUCACCAGAGCAACAAACAGAUUUUGCAUAUAAGAAUGGACCAUCUAAGCCAGCCAAAUCACAGGAAGAGAAGAUCUCUCAAGCACUGCCCAACAAACAGAUACGGCCAUAUCAGCUUGAGUUUAUAGAGCUAAGUGAUGACUUAUCUGUCCAACAGCCUCCAGAGCAACAAACAAACUUCACAUAUAAGAAUGACAUGUCUAAGCCAUCCGAAUUGCAUGAAGUGAAGAUCUCUCAAGCACUGCCCAACAAACAGAUGCUGCAAUCGCAGCUCGAUGUUAUAGAGCUAAGUGAUGGCUUACCUGUUCAGCAGCCGCCAGAGCAACAAAUAAGUUUUGCAUAUAAUAAUGGCACGUCUAAGCCAGCUGAAUCGCAUGAAGCGAAAAUCUCUCAAGCACUGCCCAACAAACAAAUACAGUCAUCUCAGAUUCAAGUUAUAGAGCUAAGUGAUGAUGAUGAAGAUGAAGAAAAUAAAAAACAAAGUACUACAAAACUGGUUCCUGCUGUGCAGUUGGAUACCUUGAUGUGGCAUUACAGAGAUCCAACGGGAAAUGUACAAGGACCAUUUUCCUUGAUUUCUCUAAAACGUUGGAGUGAUGCUGGCUACUUUCCUCGAGGUUUCAAGGUCUGGCAGUCAGGUAAUAGGCAGGAUGAAGAUGUAUUACUGGUGAACAUACUAGCACAAUUUGCCCAAUUUUUCCCCUUUUAAUCAAACUGCUUAUUGAUGCGCAUAGUAAAAUCCAGGUCAAUAAUUUUGUUGUGAUUCCUAGGUAACUGUCAAUCUACAACUUGUAAUUGUAACUAAAAACUCAUGCUCUCUAAUUGAAUUAAUUUUCUCCCCCCUCCCUGCUUGUCUACCGC